AUUCGAGAGGACCACCAGGGGUGCGCACACCACCACUCAAAACGUCACCGGUUCAACAUUCAUUAUUGCUCGUGGUUUCCUUGCUCCAGCGUUUCUUUACCCCAGCUAGUCACCAUGGCCUCUCAAACAAAUGGCCACGAUAGACGGCCCUCCGCAGCUUCGAGAUUUCCAACGGCGCCCUCGAUCAUGACGAUGAACGGCCACUUUGCCGGAGUUGGGGAUGCCCCAACAAAGGAGCAAUAUGAGCAUGGCAUACAAGUUAUCGAUGAGGAAAAGGCAUUCAAUCCGCAUCUCAACACAUAUCUCCAACUCACCAAAGUCGCACAAUCUGGCUUCAACUACCAUCUGAUUUCGGUCUUCGGCUCCCAAUCCACUGGCAAAUCGACAUUGCUGAACCACCUCUUUGGUACCGCGUUUGGUGUGAUGUCCGAGACGGAAAGGCGACAGACAACUAAAGGAAUAUGGAUGUCGAAGAACAAGAGGGAAGGGGCGCAGAUCCCAGAGUCGCAGAAGAUGGCCGACAACAUAUUGGUAAUGGAUGUCGAGGGUACGGAUGGCCGGGAACGUGGAGAGGACCAAGACUUCGAGAGAAAGAGUGCCCUAUUCGCCUUGGCUACAAGUGAGGUUCUGAUUGUCAAUAUUUGGGAGCACCAGGUUGGGCUAUAUCAAGGCGCCAAUAUGGGAUUGUUAAAGACAGUUUUCGAAGUCAAUUUGCAGUUGUUCUUGAAGGAUAAGCAAUCAAACCCUCGGUCCCUCCUAUUCUUUGUCAUACGCGAUCACUUAGGAGCUACACCAUUAGCAAACCUUCGAAAUACUCUUAUUGCAGAUUUAACAAAUAUCUGGUCUACGCUUUCAAAGCCUAAAGGCCUCGAGAAGUCGCGCAUAGAAGACUAUUUCGAUUUUGCGUUCUCUGCACUACCUCAUAAAAUCCUCCAGCCUGAGAAGUUCUUGACGGAGGUAGAGAAGUUGGGAACCAGGUUCAGAACUGGUCAUCGCACAGCUAAGCAAAAUGGCCUUAACGACCAUGAAUUCGAGGGUGGAGUAUUCUUGCCCGAGUACCACCGCAGGAUUCCGGCCGAUGGAUUCUCUGUAUAUGCCGAGGGUGUUUGGGACCAGAUUGUGAAUAAUAAGGACUUGGAUUUACCAACACAGCAAGAACUUUUGGCACAAUUCAGAUGCGACGAAAUAUCACGAGAGGUCCUGGAAGCAUUCGACCUCGCCAUUGCGCCCCUCGAAGAGCAACAAGCGGAUGGGAUUAGAACUGGUAAACCUAAAGUAUUGAAGGACUUGGGUGUUUCCGGAAAAGCCGCCCGUGUGAAGAGUAUCAAGGCCUUUGAGACGGAAGCCAGCAGAUACCACAAGGGUGUUUAUGCUCGCAAGCGUGUGGAACUGGAGGGGAAGAUUGAUAUUCGACUGAAGGCUCUGUACCAAGGGCAGCUUUCAGCGGCUCAUAAAUCAGGGGUCGCGACUUUCAGUGAUGCUGUUUCUACAGCUGUCAAAGCGGGUCAGAAGAAGGGUGCUUCCUACGAAUUCGCGGAGAUUGUGGAUCGCGAGAAAACGAUUGCUCUGAAGCAAUUUGAGGCUGAAGCCAAAAGUCUUGCUAUCGAGGGCGUGUCGUGGAGCAAUUUCAAGCAGCAGUACAACUUAUAUGAAAAGGAUCUGGACGAAGUGAGUGCAAGUUUACGCAAGGAAGAAAUGCGACGACUUGCGACUCGAGUGGAGAGAUGGGUGCGAUCAAGGUUAGGUGACUCUGUUGGCCUUGAAUUCAACAAGUUGGGUUCGGGCCGAGGCGGAAGUGGCGCCCCUGAGACAGGAGAGAGACCGUCGGAGAAAGAUCUCUGGGACAGGAUAUGGACCUUGUUCACAGCCACCGUCAAAGAGGCAGAAACCCGCUUCAUAGAGCGCGCCAAAAGUUUCGAUGCGGAUCAAGAUGAAAUUGAAGUUGGACUGUGGAGAUUGCGACGAAAGAGUUGGGGUGUAUUGAAAGCAAAGAUUGAUGAGGAAGUGAUGGAAGGCAAUAUUCUGCUCAAGCUCCGAGAGAACUUUGAGGACAAGUUCCGUUACGACGAGGCUGGUGUGCCAAGGAUAUGGCGACCAACUGACGAUAUCGAGGGGAUGUACACCAAAGCGAAGGAUUCGACUCUCACAUUGAUUCCUUUACUCUCGAGAUUCCGACUUUCGGAAACUUAUGCACCUCCAGACCUUCCAGAGUGGAUUGGCAAUGCACCAGCUACCGUCGAUGCAAAGGAUGAGGAAGACCUGGUUCCUAUUGGUGGGUUGGACGAGGAAGAAGGCAAGAGUCUCGAGGAAGAGAUGACAAUUCUCAGCGAAGCCAAGCGCCAAGAUCUUGUUGUGAGAUUCAAGAAGACUGCCGAUGGUGUAUAUGUGGAAGCAAAGCGCAGCGCUAUCGGCGGCGUGGCGCAGGUCCCCUUGUACUUCUACGGUUUGCUUCUGGCGUUGGGCUGGAAUGAGAUCGUUGCUGUUCUUCGAAAUCCUGUCUACUUCAUCUUCCUCAUCCUUCUUGGUGUUGCUGCCUAUGUUACUUAUACAUUGAAUCUCUGGGGGCCAAUGCUACGCAUGGCGAACGCGGCCUCGGCUCAAGCAAUUGAGAUCGGCAAGGAGAAGCUAAGAGAAUUCUUGGAAAACUCUGAGACUGGGCGACAGGCCAUAGGCAUGAGAGCACGGGGUGAUAGUGAUACGAUCAGUCUGAAUACUCUGGAUAGCAGGGGCAAAAGAAAGACUUCUGUUGAGGAUGACGACGACGAUGAAAUAUAGGCAUGAUGGCGUCUCUUUGGGCUUUUGUAUAUUGGGGGGAGGCUCACGGACUGCAUAGCGGUUGUACUUUACAGAUAGGCUGGUGUAAUAUGGGCGGGUCUGAAGAAUCACAUAUGCCAGAUUUGAAAAGCUGUACCCUGACAGACUGCAUGUCUGAAUGUUAAUGUUCGACUGUCAGUACUCGAUGCUAGCAAAGUAGCGGUAGCCCAUAAUCUCUCGGAGCCAGACAUUCAGAUCUCAGGAUGUCUCAAUUUGUAGUCCUACUUGUCGAGCCUCGAAUUUCUUCUUUCAAGUUGGGACAUUGAGCUCAUAUAGUAAAGUUUGUAAAGGGAG